AUGCUCCGGCUGCGCCUGCUGACCUGGGACGUGAAGGACACGCUGCUGCGGCUGCGGCAGCCCGUGGGCCAGAGCUACGCGGCCGAGGCUCGGGCCCAGGGGCUGCAGGUGCAGCCCGAGGCUCUGGGGCGCUCCUUCCGAGAGGUGUACGGAGCCCAGAGCCGGCGCUUCCCCAACUACGGCCACGGCCAGGGGCUCAGCUCCCGGCAGUGGUGGCUGGAUGUUAUCAAAGAGAGCUUCAGGCUCUCGGGCGUGCUGGACGAGGCAGCCCUGACGAAGGUGGCAGAAAAGCUCUACCGCGACUACUGCAGCUCCCACAGCUGGGAAUUGCUGCCGGGAGCCGCCGAGACCCUGAACCGCUGCCGCGAGCUCGGCUUCCGCAUGGGAGUGGUGUCCAACUUCGACAGCCGGCUGGAAGCCAUCCUCUCGCAGUGCAACCUGCGGCACCACUUCCAGUUCGUGCUGACCUCCGAGGCCGCGGGCGUGGCCAAGCCGGACGGGCGGAUCUUCGAGCAGGCGCUGCGGCUGGGCGGGGCGCGGCCCGAGCAGGCGGCGCACAUCGGCGAUGACUACGGCCGCGACUACCGGGCGGCCCGGGCCGCGGGCAUGCACGGCUUCCUGCUGCGGGCGGCCGGCCACGAGCACGGCCAGGGCCAGGAGGUGCCCCCCGAGCACGUCCUGCCCACGCUCAGCCACCUCCUGGCUCGCAUCCAGAAGGAGUAGUUGCGGUUCGGAGGGAUCCAGUGCUGCUGAACUGUCCUGACAGAUUUCUUUCUACCAGGUGGGCAGGGAAGAGCAGCAAGUCUGAGCUGCCUAUGAAGCAGGAGGAGUGUUCAUGCAAUAAAAUAUUUCUGAUGCUCAGCA